AGUAUAUUGUGAUGACAACAACAAAAGUUAUUUAUAACACAUACCUACAAUCGAUGGUUUCACUGAUAGUAUAACCACCGAUAAGACCAUGUGCAAUCCAAAGCGUGGUGAAUCAAUCAGUUGAACGUAAAAUCAAGCAAAAUAUUCAGACCAAUGAGAGUGUAGUUUAAUCCAGUAUAUAAAUUACACCAAAUAGGGUAGUAUAACUAAGCAGGAGAGUUUGAGUGUGGAAUUCACUUCUUCAUCUUCUUCACUAGGAUAUGACAGUUUUAUGUCCAAAUAAACCAGCACCACCAUUCAGAGGGAAAGCUGUCGUUGAUGGUGUCUUCAAAACUAUCAGUUUAGACGAUUAUUGGGGACAAUAUGUUGUGUUAUUUUUCUAUCCAGCUGACUUCACAUUUGUGUGUCCAACAGAGAUCAUCGCAUUCAGUGAUCAGGUGGAAGAUUUCAAGAGUCGAAAUUGUCAAGUGAUCGCCUGCUCGACUGAUUCUGAAUACAGUCACUUAGCAUGGAUAAAUAUGGAUCGGAAAUCAGGUGGAUUGGGAGAGAUGAAAAUCCCCUUGUUGGCUGACAAGACAAAGUCAAUCUCGAGAGCCUAUGGUGUGUUGGAUGAAGAGGAGGGAAAUGCAUUCAGAGGUUUAUUCAUCAUCGACAAAAAAGGUAUUCUGCGUCAAAUAACAAUCAAUGACAAACCAGUUGGAAGAUCCGUCGAUGAAACACUUCGACUACUUGAUGCAUUCCAGUUUGUUGAGAAGCAUGGCGAAGUUUGCCCUGUAAAUUGGAAACGUGGUGAACGCGGAAUUAGAGUUGAUCAUUAAGUAACGAAUUGAAAUAAUUUGUUUACAGUCGUUUGUGAUGCCUGUUUACAAUUUUGUCUGAUGUCCUCCUUCGGUGUGUCGACUACUGAAUAUUCAUAUCAGUAAUUUAUACUGACAGUUUAUUUUAAAUAAAAUAUUAUUCAAUCG